AUGAAGACAAUUUCUGGGCAAUGUGUCUCGGUGAAAGAUGUAUCACUUUCAAAAGCUGCAAAAAUUCUCUCAAAGUUUGUCUCUGCCGACAAUGGUACUUCACAUAUCAUCAAUGCAUAUCUCCAUCGGGCUUCUGCAUCUUUCAGCGAGCUCAACCAGAUUCACAAGGAGCUCAAGUCGUCGCACUCUCAUAAGAAGCACAAAAGACACAAAAGAGAGACUGGUACUGAUAGUGGGAGGGUAGUGGAAAAUUCUAUUAGGAGUGUUGAUAUUAACCAGGAGCUCAGCCUUGGACAUGUAGAGUUGAGAAGGCAGCAGACUGACAAUGGAAAUGCUGGUCUGGAUGAUGAAAAAUCAACUCAGACAAUUACAAAAUGUAGUAAAAAACGUAAGGGUUCAAUUGGGUAUCAGAUAGAAAAUGCGGGUGAGAGUGAGAUGCAUAAGAAGAAGAAAAAGGAGAAGCAGGAAGUUGGAUACCUGCAAAACGGACAUAGCGUUGUUAAAUUAAGAGAUAUGAAAGAUGACAGUGAGCUACCUAAUGGAGCACAAAAUGAAAUUGAGUCAGGCAAAGAACGGGGUAAUGAAGGCAAUUUCAACCCCGGGAUGGAAGAGGGAAGGAAACAUAAAAGUGCAAAGAAAUGCAAGUUAUAA